AUGAAUCGUUUCUCAACAACUUUAUACGGAUCAAAUAAUUGUACUCAGACGGUUAUUGUCAUUAACUUAUAAAGCUGAACCUAAUAAAAAGAUAUCGAUACUUAGUUCGAUGCAUUCAUCCGUUGAAAUUGAAAAAAACGAUUCCCGUAUACCAGAAACAAUAGAAUUCGACAAUAACAUAAAAUUCGAUGUAAAUGCAAUCGCUUUGCAAAUGGCCAGAAAAUACUACAUAAAAUCUAAAUCACGGAAAUGA